AAACCUAACAUUGAAAUAUUUAAGAAGUGAAUGCCUCUGGAUUUUGGAACAAAAUUGUGACUUUGUAUGGAAGAAAUGCAGUGGCUGUUCUCAAACUCUCUUACAAACUGAUCUCAAUGUUUCAGUGUUACGUUAUCUUGUGUUGAGUAACAGAACUUCUGCUGUUCAUUGAUCAAUGUGACAGUCUUCAGUAGUUUACGAGAUGAGCCAAACUCGUGGGAAAUAUGACUUCUGUAUUGGUCUGGUCUUGGCUAUGAGUUCCAGCAUUUUCAUUGGAGGAAGUUUCAUCCUGAAAAAGAAAGGCCUUCUCCGGUUAGCUAGGAAAGGCUCCAUGAGAGCAGGUCAGGGUGGUCAUGCAUACCUUAAGGAGUGGCUGUGGUGGGCUGGACUUCUUUCAAUGGGAGCUGGCGAAGUAGCUAACUUUGCUGCCUAUGCUUUUGCACCAGCUACAUUAGUGACUCCUUUAGGAGCUCUCAGUGUUCUUGUAAGUGCCAUUCUGUCAUCCUUCUUUUUAAAUGAAAAACUUAAUCUACAUGGAAAAAUAGGGUGUUUGCUAAGUGUACUGGGAUCAACUGUGAUGGUGAUUCAUGCUCCACAAGAAGAGGAAGUAGAAACUUUGAAUGAAAUGUUCAUCAAACUAGGUGAUCCAGGUUUUCUGGUCUUCGCAACUCUUGUUGUCAUUGUGUCUUUAAUUCUAAUAUUUGUGGUGGGACCUCGCCAUGGACAGACCAACAUUCUUGUGUACAUAACAAUUUGCUCUGUAAUUGGAGCGUUAUCAGUCUCCUGCGUAAAAGGUUUGGGCAUCGCUAUCAAGGAACUUUUUGCGGGAAAACCAGUGCUGAAACAUCCCUUGUCUUGGAUUCUGCUGCUAAGCCUUAUUGUCUGUGUGAGCACGCAGAUCAACUAUCUAAACAGGGCUCUGGAUAUAUUCAACACUUCGAUAGUGACUCCCAUAUAUUACGUAAUCUUUACGACGUCUGUUUUAACUUGCUCUGCCAUCCUUUUCAAGGAAUGGCAACACAUGGCGGCUGAUGACAUUAUUGGCACCUUCAGUGGCUUCCUGACUAUUAUUGUGGGGAUCUUUUUAUUGCAUGCCUUCAAAGAUGUUACUUUCACCCUAGCAAAUCUGCCCCUCUCUUUGCGCAAAGAUGACAGAGCAGCAAAUGGUACUUUGCUGAGCACGUACGACAGCUUUAAUCAUGAUGAAGAAAGUUCUCCCUGUCUAGGUGAAAUACAAUCCAGCGAGAGUCUCUCAGCCAGGAGAAACGGAAGUCUGUCAUCCUUCUGAAAAUAUCUACAUGUUACUUAAGAAAAGAACAAUUCUGUAAUUUUUUUUUUCCUGCUGUGAAAUGUCUGAGCUUGUCUGGAAAAUCUGUAUUUUUAACCGUAUGUGUAGACAAUCGUUAACUUUUAAGUUCAGUUAGUUUGGAAAAAGGAACACUGAAGGGUGUUUUUAUUUUGCCUUAUUUUUACUUUAAAGGAAACGGUAAAAUGACCUCAGACCACAGUUGGUUUUGUUGCUUAAGUUAUGUGUAAAUACUUUCAUUUAAUUCUUCUGUUUUAAGAUGUAUUGCACUAAUGACAAUUUUAUCAAAAAUAAA